AGUGGUUGAAAGAACGUAUGUUUAUUCUUUGUACCUAUUUGAACUUGUUUCCAAUAAGAAAAAUUAAUUUUUAUACUAUUUUGCAUUCACGUCUACUUUUUUCUAUAUAAAAAUGUCGGAAUUUGAAGAAGACGAAGUGGAACUGAAGUAUAUUCCAUAUGCAAGCGACAUAUCAAAAAAAUCCUUGGAAGACUUUCCUAAUGUCAAGCAUUUUUUGGAAAUUUCUGUUAAACAAGCAGAUAUUGUGGCUAAACAGGUUGGAAGAUCAUUUCAAUAUCACCAAGAUAUAGUGAAAAAUCGUUAUUUUUCACCUUAUGCACUCUUUAUAGAAUAUUUCAUAAUGAAAUGUUUGUCCAAUCAAUAUAACGUUGAACUAACUGACAAAUUCACAGAUAAGAUUUUAGAGAAUCCUGAUGAUUACAUUAUUGGAACAAACACUAGAUUACGUGAUGCUAUAACGGAACAUUAUGUUAUUUUUAAGGAUUUGAACACCCAGGCCAUGGAUAUCAUUAAGAGUAUUAAAGUUGUAUCACUUUCACAUGUAAUAUAUUUUAGUGAACCGAUACCCAAUCAAGAGUACAGUGUAAAUGAGGAUAAUUUACGCGAAAUUAUAAGAUAUUUGGAAAGUCUUCCAUAUAAUUCGGUCGUCUUUAAUCCCUGCCUGGACUGUAAAUACUUCAAUGGUCAUGCCGAUAUAGUAUUUGAUAACGAUGUAAUAUACGAAAUGAAGUCAUCCAAAUAUAAACCGGUACCUUUAAACAAAUUUUACCAAACGAUUAUCUACGGAUUCAGUAUGUAUAUGAAAACUGGCGUUAAAGUUAAGAAAUUCAAAAUCUACAAUCCGUUAUUGGGUGUUGAGUCUUCACUUGAAUCGGACAAUAUUGAUUAUAAACUAUUCGAAAAAGUUCUAAAGCACGAUGUUACAGUAUACAGUCGUUUGCAAGAAGUUUUAAAGGAUAAAAUGGUAUUGGAUUUGUCGUUAUUUGCUGGAGAAGAAAUCGAAAAUUGAAGUCAUCAAAAU